UUGUCAGUCCUGAUACCGCCGACAGAGAGUGGUGUAGUUUCGUUCGCUGAUGUUGCUGCUGCUCGUAAUUAAACGGUGCAGGACAAUUGACUGAGAAGUAACGUAAAAUGGCUUCUGUAGAUUUGGCCACAGUUGGUCUUAACGUACUGAAGAGAGCUACUUCGGGAGAGAGCGUUCAGCUGCAGACGCUAUGGAGCAACCAGGCGGUGGUUCUGUUCUUUCUCCGCAGGUUUGGCUGCCAGGUGUGCCGUUGGACUGCGGCUGAGGUCAGCAAGCUGGAGGAGAGCUUGAGGGACAACGGCGUGGCACUGAUUGGCAUUGGCCCAGAGGAAGUGGGCCUCAAGGAGUUUGUGGAUGGAGGGUUCUUCAAAGGGGAUCUUUACAUUGAUGAGACAAAAAAGUGCUAUAAGGACCUGGGCUUCAAAAGGUACUCAGCUCUGAGCUUGAUUCCUGCUGCAAUAGGGAAGAAAGUACGAGAGGUUGUCACUAAGGCCAAUGCUCAGGGCAUCCAGGGCAACUUCAGUGGAGACCUCUUGCAGAGUGGAGGGAUGCUUAUAGUGGCAAAAGGUGGAGAGAAGGUGCUGCUUCACUUUGUCCAGGAUUCUCCUGGAGACUAUGUGCCUCUGGAGGACAUUGUUAGAGCUCUGGGCAUCACUGCCAAUGUGCAAGCAGGAGAGAAACCUCAGUGCAAUGAUGAUGUCUGCUCAAGAUAAGCAACUCAUUCCGAUUUCCUUUCUCCCACAAAUGGGAAGGAGUCUGAGGACCUGAUUGGGAUCUGAAGAAGUCGAACCUGCCUCUUGCAACCCUAAUAUGUUAAUCACCAUGGUUACGCACUAUUCAUCUUGGUUAUGACAUUAAUUUUUCACUUGACUUUGAGAAUGUCAAUACAAGAAUUGGGCUGAUACAGUACAAGGACCCUUUGUGCCACACACCUACUUUUUUUUUUUUUUUUCCCCUCAAAUUGGGAGGAGGAAAAGUGGUACAAGAAUUCUUUUGUUGCAGUAUCAUUAACCAUAUGUUUACUGUAGAGAUUUGCUAUAACAUCUGUUUGGCAGCAACUGCAAGUAAAAACAGGAGCGCUUAAUUCUGAACCACUAUUUAAAUGUAUUGCAUAAAUUACGUCUAAAUUACCUAAUUAAGACUUGGCUCAAAAUCUGUCAAAUCCCAUUUUCUUUAGUAAACAUAAAUACAGGUCAUUUCCAUCGUAACAAUACGCUGUUAACAUGCAUGUAAUUUUUUCCUGUUUUGGCAGUCAAUGUACAGUCUAAACAGAAGUGCAUUAUGUAAUAUUUAAAAACCCGAACUGCUGAAGUAAAUUUUUGUUGAGAAUUUGUACUUGAGGUUGCAUGUUGAAUAUCUCUGAAAGUCUUAAUGAACAAACAAUUGCCUUUUCAAGUACAUUAAUGCGUUCUGUGAGGCUUCUAUACUAACCUCACCUGGAUUUUUAAACGUUUUCGGAA